GGACUCAAAGCCACAUUCACUCCCGCACAGUUUCAAUGGAGGAGCAGCAGCACCGCAGACAGCGGGCACACAACCACCACGACCUCACCGCCGAAGCGCCAUGGGCCGGGGGAAGACAAACGGCACUGCGAGAGACGUGUGAACAAUGCUGUUCAUCGCUAAUGUGAGCUCAAGCUGCCGGAAACGCAGAAGGAGAAAACAGGUGAAUGUAAACUAAUUGGUUUCAGCCUGACUUUGAAAAAGGACGACUUAAAGAGCGUUCCUGAUGCCGGAGUUGGGAAUUCACUGAACUUCUGUUUAAAGAGAGGGGCUAACUCAUUCAAGCCCAGAGCAAAACCAUUUCUAAUCGGAGUUGCGCUCACAGUAUGGAUGGGAAUCAUCAGACCUCUGUUUUAAAGCACUACGAGGUUAAAAACAUGCACAAAAAAGAGCCAGUGUUAUCUAUGAACGGAGAGGUGGUCCUCGGUUCUGGUUACAUCACAAACGGUUACUCUAGCAAGCCCACCGACAAUGACGGUAGUGGCUCUGAGAGCGGAUACACGACGCCUAAAAAGAGGAGAGCGAGACGCAGCAGCAUGAAAGGCACAGAGAACACAAGUCGGGAAAAGGAGAAAGUGGCCAGGCCCUAUUCUAAACAGGAUACUGAAACUUUAAGCCCUGAGAUACCCGGGAAAGGGCUGCACACUCGAAACUGCACCAGGACUUGCGGUAAACCAGAGGUGCACACAGCAGUCCGCAGGACAGGCGUUCGGGAUGCGAGCCCCGUGACUGAGAUGCAGAAACUGUCAGAUCGAAACUCUGACAGCAAGAUCUCAGUUAGUCUUGUUGGUAAAAAGACUGAUGAUAGGAUCAGUAAAACCAAGCUGGUCUCCUCGGUUGGCUCUAAAGAGGACUCAUGGACUUUAUUCAAGCCUCCUCCCGUGUUUCCAGUGGACAACAGCAGCGCUAAGAUAGUUCCUAAAAUCAGUUACGCAAGCAAAGUUAAGGAGAACCUCAACAAAGUGACGCAGGCUAGUGUGGAGACGACACAAACGCCUGGAAAGCCUUCACACGUUCCCAUGUCUGCUGUAAAAACCGUCACAUCUGCUAGCUUUACCAACCUCUCCGCGUCUCUAGAUACUAACGGCUGUUACUCCGUGGAAACAUCAUUCGAAUCUGCCGCCGGUCUUAGCAUCGUACCUUCUGCCUCCGAUAACCCGGCCGAAAAGGACGUGGAGUCUGCUCCGGAUAACAGUUGCAGCUCACCGUCUUGUUUGUCUGCUCCAGAGCCACGGAAACUUUUUGUUUACCCGCACAAACCUUUAAAUAUGCAACCCCCUGCUGCUCAGACAAAUCAGAAAGCUCUCGGAGACAUCUUCCAGAACCAGUGGGGCCUGUCGUUCAUCAACGAACCCAACGCAGGCCCCGAGGGGGCGCCCGUGACUCGCCUGGCCGUGCCGUUUGAGAUCUCGGACAUCACGUUUCAGCUCGGAAAUGUUCCGUUUCUCAUCCAGCCAUCCCUUAAGGCUGUUUCCCUCCCGGCGCCACAGGAAGUGCAGAGAAGGAGUAAUGGUAUGGAUGCGGCUGCCGUUCAAGACUGUUCACAAGCCCAGCCUGUCCAUCAGGAAACGCGUAAAGCGGAGCGCAGUUCAGACGCUUGUGAGGAUUCGGACGCAGAGUCUACAAGGAACUCUCUACUUAACAGCGUAUUAGGUUUGUCCAAGACACAUACUGAAAAAGAGAAGGUUGGAGCUUACAUGUGGGGAUGGGCUGAUCUACAAGCUGCUGUCCUUUACCACACUAAAGAAUUUGAAUAUCUUCUCACUCUUCACAAGCAAGAUUCAAAAAGGGUGACGUAUUACGAGGAGGUCAUGGACGGACCUGAUCAUUGAGGUGCUGAGUACCAGUACUACAUCUGCUCCACCUUGGGUGCUAAAGUCAGAUCUGAUCCUGGAUGUGAAAUGUUCUGGCCCAAAACAACCAGACACAACUGAUAAAGAGACCGAUGUGUGGGAUGAGGACUAGCUAAAGUUUUGGAUUUCUGUGGUUUUGCUCUGCACACGAGACUGCUGUGAGCUCUACAGAGGCAUGGGACUACGCACAAACACUAGCGAAAGCAUAUAAGGGGAAGGCGUUUUGUCUGGAUGCAUCGGUUGCGGGGAAGUGAUGCGAAAACCCCCGGAGCCUCCCGGAUACAAAUACAAGAUUCACAAUCGUUUUUCUUCCCGCGUUGAAUUCAUUCAUGCUUAUUUGAUUAUUCUUGUUCUCCUCCCCCUCUUUGGGUAAUUUAUGCAAUGCACAUAGACUGUCCAUAAGGGCAUAUUUGAAUGCUUCCUGACCCUCUCAACCAAGGAAGAAAGAAGAAGAGAAAUUAGUCUUAACUUUAUCUGCUUGGGGGGAAAAAAAAGCCCUAAACUGAGACAGUUUUUUUUUUUUUGUUGUUGUUGUUUUUUUUCUUGUUCAAUGAUCCAGCAUUGCAACAAACAGAAAGCCUAGUUUGAAAUCACUUUUUGGCUCAGCAGGCUUGUUGCAAAACUGUAUUUUUUUUUUUUAUGUUAGAUUUCUGCAGACAGUCGUUUAGAUCUCAGUAUUAUUAAUUCCCGACCAGUCAUCGUAGAAAAGAAGGUUGUUGUUCCUUCGAGUUGUGUUUCUCAGUGAUACAUUACUUGAAAUACACGGCAGCGCUGAGAAAAUGGAAAAGGAGCGGCCUACCGAGCGAGGGAAAAUAAAAGCCUGUAAUGAAAGAGUUUGGAUCAGGAAAACGCGGUGGCAUCCCACACUGACCAAGCUGAACAUUUUACAGUAAAUAAAUAUAAAUGACUUUGUUACACGCGCUGCCGAGAAGCAGCCGUAGUCGGACAAAGCCGUGCUCGGUCUUUUUCCGUUGUUCCCGGUUUAGGACUGUAACCCGAACCUUAAUAUUUCUUUGCACAUUUCUGUUGUGAGAGCUAACGUUAAAGGCUGUAACCGUAAUCAGCGGAUUGUGUUAAAGCCUCACCAUCUACUGUGACAUUUCAUGAGCAAGGCCUUUCUUCAGAACUCUACGGUACACUGUGCCAAGUUAUCACGGUCACUGUUUUUAAUCGUCUUGGCCACACAGACCAAAGAUCGGGCUGGAGUAUAGAUAACCAUCUCUUAGGCUUGGUUUAAAUAAGCGACCUUUCUUGUUUCUUUUUUUUUUCUUUCCCUCUUUCUUUCUCUCUUUAUUUCUUUCUCAUUACCAAGCAAAGGUGUUUGUCUCAUCAUGAGUAAUAGCACUUUAUGUACACGUACAGUACUGGUUUAAAGAUGACGACACCUGUCUGAAACAUGAGUUACUAACUCCUGCUUCGAAUGGCUUUGGGCUGUUGUGCUUUUGAGAAUAAUUAACUCUUUUACUCAGGUAGAAUUGGGGAAGCCAUUACAAAGUGGAAUUUUUUUUUUUUUUUCUCCUUUCCUUUUCAUACGGUGCAUAUGGUGGAGAACGAUUCCGGUUUGUGUUGGAGCGUGCUGUUUUUCUCUGCGCACGCUAUUCGGCAAUACUCCUGCUGUGCUUACUCCAGCAGGUGACUUAAAUCUUGAGUAGCAGCGGUUAAAAUGUAGCCUCUGUGUGUUCUGUUCUUCUUUUAAAGCUGCAGUUUGUAAUUUUGAGGGAGCUUUCACGCUAGUUUAAAAUGUUUUUGUCACAUCCAGAGGUUUUCUACUUCUUUCUCUCUUUUUUUUUCUCUUUUUUUUUGAGCACUGGCCCAAAUCUCCUGAACUUAUGGCAUUUCUGUGGCACUACAGCUCUGGCUCUGUAAAAAAAACAAAAAACAAACGUCACCCAGCAUGUUUGAUUCACUUCCUGAGUUGAUUCAGAGUUGUUUUCACGUUCCCCACUGUAAUCGAAUCACACUGAAGCUCACACUAAUGAGCUGCUUGUUUUGGGCCACACUCUCUUGCUGGGUGGAAAAAUGCACAGAAGAGAAUUACAUCAGGGUUCCUCUGAAAUGCAUUAAACGCUAUACAAGCAAAAGCACCUAAAAACAACCCUAAAUACUGAGCGUUGUUUUAUUUUAAAGAUGCAGCAAUGCUACGCAACAAAUGUUUAUUCAUUUUAAAGCUUCUGUUUACAUUUUUCUGGCCCAGAAAUGAGCUCCUGUUUUUGCAAGCAGCUCAGUUCCCAUGUGUUUCCAGCAGCGUAUGAGUGGUUAGUCUUGCCUGCACAAGGAUGGAAGAAUUAUCAUUGUAUCGUCUAAAAAUGACAAACUGCAGCUUUUAAAAGAUGACACAUUACCACUUUAACCUGAGCCUGCCAUAGACCGUUAGAUUAUCUUGCGCAUCCCGUUCGUUAUAUGCAAUUGCAGGAGUUCUCUGCAGUUCCUUUUAUUGCUUUCUCUGGAUUUGAGGCUCAGUUUUUCUCUUGCACAAAGGGCUGAAAACUUGCCGAGAGACGCAGAAGGUUCAGGACGCUCAUUACCUUACUGGUUUUUGUCUGUGAGCGAAACGGCAGAUUCGAGUGUUUGCAUGCCUCGCUGUUGAGCUGUCGCUAUUCAAUAUUGAUUUUACGAAAGAAAAGUAGCUUCAUUUUUAUCAUAAAUACUCAUUCAUUUGUUGGUUGUUGAGGUGUUUGAGGUUUAGUUUGUUUGUUUUUUUUUAAACAUUCAUCCCAUUGUGUCGCCUCAGUCAUAGUGUGUAAGUUUAUUAUUUGUCACAUGAUCAGGAAACACUGCGACUCUCGUGACCCGAGUAGUGUGAGGCGACACCGUUACAAUAAGCACGUCAAUAUUUUUCAUUUCAACAUCUUAAAAAACAUGCCACACCAUUGAAACACCUGUGAUAGCGUUUUGACAUUUUAUUAAAAAAAGAAAAGUAAUCAUUUAGUUGUAAUAUAAAUAUAAAGUUUUAUUCGCACUGAUAAUCCUAUCUGAAAUGGAUUUAAGAAAUAAAAAGAUGGAAAUAAUAAUAAAUUCCAAUACACAAUAUUUUCCAAGCACUUAUUUUAGUUUUAUGGAUCUAUUUUAUAUAAAGAUGCAGAACUUAGACGACUGUAUAUACGACGUACGUGCUCAAGUUUGGUAUUUGAACGGCUGUGUCUAGGCAUGUGCCGAUUAUCUUUUAUUCGAUAUCCGAUGAUACGAUAAAGAAAGGCACAAUAUUGUUAUUGUAAACCCUUGUGCAUGCCUGUCGGUGGAGCGGUUCCUGUGAAUCGAGUAAUUUAUUAAUAAUGUAGUAUUAUAGAAAAGGCGAUAUUUAUUGUGUUUAACGUCGGCACAUGUCUAGAUGCAUCAUAGCUUUAGGAAUUAAUGAGGAGUAGCACAGACGUGAAAGCUAGUCUAGUGUGUGCGUCGAGUUGAACCCGAGCGAGUGUGUACACGUGUGUUGCCCUGAAGAUGUGCAAUGGCAUUUUUACUCCAGAGCUUAAGAUAUGCAAGUUUCCCCUCGUUGCUCUCGCCUCCUGUUGAAUCUACUUACAGGUGCCUGAACAAACCGUUUUUAUUAUUUACACGAUUCUAAUCUUUUUUUGUUUGUUUGUUUUUAGGCUUGUAUUUGAAUCCUUUUCUUCAGAAAUAGUCAGUGCCAUGAAUUCUUGUCUUUCGCUGAACGACACGGCCUGUUGUAUUUUACUUUUUCUAACGUACGAGGCUGUGAUUUUUCUUUUUUUUUUUUUUCCCUUAGCGAGCGGUCGCGCUUUUAGACAUCGCCGUCUACGAGGCGACUUUUGAUUGUUUUAGGCUUGUGUUUGAUUAACCGUCUGAACACUAAAUCACUAAAUCCAUCCUCAACCUAUUGGCACAGAUCUUUUUACCUAACCGAAUCGAGUUUCGUUUUCCGUGUCCGUUGAUUACCUUUCAAUAGUUACGCUAAAUACGCUCUUUUAUUUAUUUUUCCCACGCACGCAGAGUAGACUUUAACUUUUAACACUGUGUUUGGGAGAAUGCACGUUUAAGGAAACGUUUUCUGUAGUUGAAUUUGUUUAAAAGAUUAUUUUAAAGUCACGUCGGACUUGGUAGGUUGCUGUCGACGGAGUUUGCAACGCAACGGCGGGUGGAGUUAUUUGCUUUCAUUUUUUGUAGCUGUAGUCGGCAGACACAAAAAAGGGAGAAACGGAUCGAGUUGUGGUUCAGGGGUGGAUAAAUGAUCAUUUUAUUAGCUAAUCCACCAGGCAAAUAAAACUCCAGUGUUCUGCCUUGCCAUGCUUUGGUUGCUGGGAAACGUCUUUGACCAGGACUGAAAAGCGGUAGCUCAUGUAACAUAAUCUAACGUAAAGUAAUUAACCGUAGCUGUGUACCAAAUUAAAGCUUUUUUUGUACUAUAAAAAGUUUUUUUCUUUCUUUCUUUCUUUCUCUGCUUUGUCCACUGCAAAUAUAAUCAAAACAAAUAUCCCAGACAAUCCGUCUGCUUGGUCCAGGAUUACAAGAUUUGUCCACCCCUGUGACUUUUAGGCCUUUUGAUCAACCACUGAUCUGUCUGUUUGGUGCUUAGAUUGGAUUCUGCCUCUUGGACAAAAUUCUCUGUUAAGCGAAUACAUGUGAAAUGCCUCAAUGGGAAAUCUUUACAGGAGACAUGGCAUUAUAAACACCAUUCUGUUCAAACAUUUGAGGUUUUUUUUAUUAUUAUUAUUGCUGUAUAUCUGAUGUAUACUGAAAUUAGAGUUGCUGAUAAUUGUAUUAAGCUUACGAAAAAAAACGAUUCUGAGCUACUUGAGAACCAAGUAACAUCGUCACUGUGACCGAGACGACUCUGCUAACUGAUUUAGGACACGCAUUCCCAGCACGUUUAGAAAUACGUAGGAGGAUCGGAUUCCGAAAUUGUUUUUUUUUUUGGCUUGCGAACCGUGAUACACAUCCAGCAUGUCAGAUCAGCUUCCUUCAUCUGCACUGUAGAUGUGGAUGGCAUUGCUGCUGUCUGCUGUCUUUCUAGUGCGCCAAAUGUUUUUACAACUAAUUGAUAACCCUUCUGCUGUGUCCCUGGAAACUUCAAGGGAAAAUGACAGCACUGUCAGUGUUUUCACUUACAUCUGUUUUAUCGGAUCACUGCAUCCCAAAGCUUCAUGUAGAAGACGAUAUACGAAGCAAAUUCCCAAAGUGCUGCUUUCUUGGAUUGAUGUGAUUUUGAAAGUGAUGUCUGUCCUGUCUCUUAAGGAACUUAAUCAUGUGUAUCCUUGAGCCACGCACUGAGGUGUCCAUAGCUGUAAGAGAUGUGUGUGUUUGUGUGUGUGAGAGAGAGAGAGAGAGAAUAGUGUAUAAAGAGGAUACUCACUGUGCCAAUGUCGUAUCAGGUAAAUAUCACAGUGCCACGUCACACCAACUGCCAGCUCUGACUUGUCGUGUCCUCAACCAUGUCGUCUCGUUUCAUCUGUUUGCACACGGACAUCGUUGGAAUUCUUGAGGCAGUUAUUUCUUGUAUUAUUUUUUUUUCUUCAAUUAAAAAGAAAUCUUGUCUCCUAAUUGGAAUUGUGAAACUGUCUGGAUGUGUUCAUUUGGGACAAGCAUGAGAAUGUCCUUUUCAGCUUCCACAGCCAUGUAAAACAUUCAAAAGUGUUUUCACAAUUUUUCUGUCCCCAUUAAAAUGUUGAAUUGAUUUGAACAUCAA